UUUAUGUUGACCGCUGUAACCGGAAGUCGCUGUUGUGCGCGCGGUCUAACUUGACCGUGCAAUGCUCCACAGGUUGAACUCGUCGGGUCGACUCAGAUUCACUUUUACCUGUCUGGCUUACAGCGAGAAGAUACUUACCUGAAAGUGAAGUUUACCUCGUUCGCCUCCCGACACACGCUCGGUUUUCACUAAUGAAAAGCGGGUGAGGCGGUUUUUCUGGGUACCAGAUGAAUAAUUAACCAGACAACUCAAGCCGCAGUUCACAAGAGCAGACAUGAGGAGCUAGUGCGCCUCUGUCGCCAGCCUGUUACCUGAGAGAAAACAACAGGCUCACGGAUGUUUUUGUGCGUUAACAUUUUUUUUUGUUAAUGUCAUUUGAACUGGAUACACUUUAUUGUGAUCAUGCUGGGAGCGGAGAGCAGACUCGAAAGCCGGCUGACGAAGCUGGAGUCCCUGAUAAGGAACCCACAGUCGGCACUAAACUUGGCAACACUGCUGGAUUCCAUGAGCGCACUGGUUCAUGACUUGAACUAUCCCCCCUUGCGGAAAAACAAAAACAUAGAGGCCUUUCUGGGCAGAUAUAAAGAUUUAGUGAGCGAGCUGCAAGAACUUCAGAUGAAGCUGGAGGACUUUGAGAAAGUCAAGUUGAUCGGGAAAGGUGCUUAUGGAGAAGUGCAGCUGGUCCGUCACAAGGCCUCUAAGAAGGUUUAUGCCAUGAAGCAGCUCAGCAAAUUUGAGAUGAUCAAAAGGUCAGAUUCUGCCUUCUUCUGGGAGGAGAGACACAUCAUGGCCUUCUCCAACAGCCCCUGGGUCGUCCAGCUAUGCUGUGCUUUCCAAGACAAUCGCCACCUCUAUAUGGUGAUGGAAUUCAUGCCUGGAGGAGACCUGGUCACACUCACCAUGAACUACGACAUCCCUGAGAAAUGGGCUCGCUUCUACACAGCCGAAGUAGUGCUGGCGCUGGAUGCCCUCCACUCCAUGGGCUUCAUCCACCGCGACAUUAAGCCUGACAACAUGCUGCUGGACCAAUAUGGACACCUCAAACUGGCUGACUUUGGCACCUGCAUGAAGAUGGACUCAACGGGUAUGGUGCACUGUGACACAGCUGUAGGAACACCUGACUACAUCUCCCCCGAGGUUCUCCAGUCUCAGGGUGGUAAGAGUUACUACGGCCCGGAGUGUGACUGGUGGUCUGUGGGAGUAUUUCUGUAUGAACUGCUAGUUGGUGAAACUCCUUUCUAUGCUGAGUCCCUUGUUGGAACUUAUGGGAAGAUCAUGAACCACCAGAAUUCUCUCGUCUUCCCAGAUGAUAUAGAGAUGUCUCAGAAUGCCAAAGAUCUGAUCUGUGCCUUCCUUACUGACAGGAAGGUUCGUCUGGGCCGCACGGGAGUGGAUGAGAUAAAAUGUCACCCCUUCUUUAAGAACGACCAGUGGACCUUUGAUAACAUCCGUGACACUGUGGCCCCAGUUGUUCCAGAGCUGAACAGUGACAUAGACACCAGUAACUUUGAUGACAUAGAGAUUGAGAAAGGAGAUGUUGAGACCUUUCCUCCACCUAAAGCCUUUGUGGGCAACCAGCUACCAUUUAUUGGUUUCACUUACUUCAAGGAGGAUCAGCUGCUAAAGGGAAGUAAAGGCAGCUCUGUGAAAGAGUCAAAGGACUGUGAGGAAAUCUCAAAGAAUAAGGAGAAUUGUUCAAACAGUAAGAAAGAGUCUGAGCAGCUGCAGAAAAAAGUUGAUCAACUGGAAGAGAAGCUCGACCAUGAGAUGCAGGCCAAAGAUGAGCUGGAGCAAAAGUGCAGAAAUGCUACCAACCGUUUAGACAAACUGGUGAAAGAAUUAGAUAAGGAGAUGAACAGCAGGCAGAAAGUCGAGGCCUCACUGAGGCAGCUGGAGAGAGAGAGAGCUCUGCUGCAGCAUCAGAGUGCUGAGAAUCUGCGCAAGGUGGAGAUUGAAACUGACAGGAAACGCAGCCUGGAGAAUGAACUGAACAACCUGAGGGACCAGCUAGAGGAUCUGAGGAAGAAGAACCAAAAUUCACAUAUCUCUAAUGAGAAGAACAUCCAGCUGCAAAAACAACUUGAGGAGGUCAAUGCUGUGCUUCAGGCUGAGCAAGAGGCUGUAGCACGGCUAAAGAAGAGCCAAGUGGAGGCGCAGAAACAAGCUCAGAGCCUCGAGGUCAGCCUGAGGGAGAUGCAGGAAAAGUGCAGCCAGCUUGAAAACAGCAAGAUGGAGCUGGAGAAGCAGCUGAGGGGGCUGGAGGCCGAGCUGGAGGAGGAGAGGAGAGGCCGCGACAUGGGAAAAGAAACUAUUAAUGACUUGCAGGGACUCAUCUCUGGCCUAGAAGAAGAGGUGAAAGAAGUGAAAUCAUCUCUCUCCAAGGUUCAGACUGAAAAGAAAGACCUACAAGCGAAGCUCAGUGCUCUUGAGAAGGAAAAGAGCAACCAAGAGAUCGACCUGACAUUCAAGCUGAAGUCACUCCAGCAAAGUCUGGAGCAGGAGGAGGCAGAGCACAAGGUUACCAAAUCCAAGCUUGCUGAUAAAAAGAAGACCGACCAAUCCAUUGAGGAAGCAAAGUCUGAGGCCUUAAAAGAGAUGGAGUGCACCCUGCAGGAGGAGCGCAGCUUGAAGAUGCAGGUGGAGGGAAAGCUGCUGCAGCUAAAAAAGGACUACUCCUUGCUGGACUGUGAUUACAAGCAGACGCAGCACAAGCUGGAUGAGUUGCAGGCACAGAAGGAGAAACUUUCUGAAGAGGUGUUGCACCUGACCUCACGUCUGGAGGAGGAGAUACACAAGCGGAGUAUGAGCCAGAGUGAACUGAAGAUGCAGAACCAACAGGUGUCUGUGCUCCGCUCUUCUGAGAAACAGCUCAAACAGGAGCUCAACCAACUGCUAGACAUGAAGCAGAUGCUAGAGAAGCAGAAUCAGGAGCUGCGCAGGGAGAAGCAGGAGGCUGAUGGCCAGCUGAAGGAAUUGAAGGACCAACUGGGGGAAGCGCACUGUUUCACAACCCUUUACAAGACACAGAUCCGUGAGCUGAUGGAUGAACGUGAUGAGAAGAAUAAGCUGUGCAAAGAGGCGCAGCAGCGACUGGCAGAAUACCAGGAGGAAAGGGAGUCACUGACAACCCAGCUGGAAGAAAGUCUGACCAAAGCAGACACCGAGAAGCUGGCUCGUUCUGUCGUUGAGGAGCAGUUCUCCAGUCUGGAGAAAGAGAAGAUUAUGAAGGAGCUGGAGAUCAAAGACAUGAUGGCAAGACAAAGGCAGGAGCUCAGCGAAAAGGAGGCCACCAUCAGCUCGCUGGAAGAGUCCAAUCGCACUCUGACUGUGGACGUAGCCAACCUGGCCAGCGAGAAGGAAGAACUCAACAACCAGCUGAAAGAAAUGCAGCAAAAACUCCAGACGGCAAAGGAUGAAGAGAAGCAGGUGAUGGUUCUCAAAGAGUCCUUUGAAAAGCAGCUGCAGAUUGAAAGAACGCUAAAAAUUCAGGCUGUGAAUAAGCUGGCUGAGGUGAUGAACAGGAGGGAGACGGUGCGGGGAGGCCACCGAAGCAACGACACCGAGGUGCACAAGAAGGAGAAGGAGAACAGGAAGCUGCAGCUGGAGCUGAGAGCAGAGAAAGAGAAAUUCAACAGCACCAUCGUAAAAUACCAGAACCAGCUGGCUGAAAUGCAGGCGCUGAUAGCAGAAGAGAACCAGGUGCGUCUAGAUCUUCAAAUGACACUGGACAGUAAAGAGAGCGACAUUGAGCAGCUGCGCUCCCAGCUCACAUCUCUCAGCGUUCACUCUCUGGACUCCACCAGCAUCAGCAGUGGCAAUGACUUAGACAUGGAAGGAUACCCAGACUCCAGGCUGGAGGGCUGGCUCUCGCUUCCUGCCAAGAACACGAAGCGGUUUGGCUGGGACAAAAAAUAUGUGGUGGUGAGCAGUAAGAAGAUCCUGUUCUAUAACAGCGAGCUGGAUCGAGAGCAAGCUAACCCUUUCAUGACCCUGGAUCUUGAUAAGCUGUUUCAUGUCCGACCUGUAACUCAAACUGAUGUGUACCGUGCAGAUGUCAGAGAAAUUCCAAGGAUUUUCCAGAUCCUGUAUGAUAAUAAAGGCGAGAGUAAACGUGAGCAGGACGCUGCAGUGGAGUCCACGCCGUAUGGUGAUCGAACCUCUUACAUCAGUCUCAAGGGCCACGAGUUCAUCCUCACUCUCUACCAUUUCCCAUCCAGCUGUGAGGUCUGCACGCGACCUUUGUGGAAUGUCUUCAAGCCCCCGCCGGCGCUUGAGUGUCGCCGCUGCCGUACCAAGUUCCACAAAGACCACCUGGACAAAAAAGAGGACGUUAUUGUACCCUGCAAAGUGAACUAUGACAUGUCCACUGCCAAAGAACUGCUGCUCCUGACCGGCUCUCAGACGGAGCAGAAGCGCUGGGUCAGUCACCUCCUCAAGCGCAUCCCAAAACAUCCCACACUGAGUCCUCCCCCCACGGCACAGACUCCAUUUGAAAAAGCAUCCUGUUCCUCUCCACAAAUUUCCCCACGGCCUUCGCCCACGAGCUCUCCUCACAUGUCCCAUCGCGGAGCUAUCAAGAUCCAACCCAGCAGGCACCAGCAGUCAUCGGGGAAGCCUAGAAAGCUGGUUCGUGUCAGAUCUUUAAGUCAACCUGAUGUGUCCAUGCAGCUCUCAAAGAGUUUCAAGGAGUUUCCAGGAUGACAGCGAAGGCAAGAGCAGGCGUGAGUGGGACGCUUCAGUGGAGCCGACGCCGCGCAAUGAUCGCACCUCUUACAUCAGCCACAAGGGCCACGAGUUCAUCCUCACUCUUUACCAUUUCCCAUCCAGCUGUGAGGUCUGCACACGACCUUUGUGGGGAUGUCUUCAAGCCCCCGCCAGCACUUGAGUGCCGCCAGUGCAACGCCAAGUUUCCAUAAAGAACCACCUGGAUAAAAAAGAGAAGUUAUUAUGCCCUGCAAAGGCUAGUAUUUUCAUCCAUGUGGAGUAAUGGUGGUCUGGAAACAGUGCCUACAUGUGUUAUUUUUUCAGAGAAGACUGAUAAAAAAAAACAAAAACCCACCACGAAUAUGGACAGAAAACUGGCGGCCAUCAUGAGAUCUGGGUUUGCACAGUCAUCCUAUUACAGGGAGAUUUCAUCCAAAGAAAAAGCAUGCUGCAAGCUUGAUGGUUAAACCUCCUUAUUUUGUUAUCAUCAUCAUAAAAAAGAGCAUUUGUUUUUGUUGUGUUUGUUAAAAAAAAAAAAAAAAAAAGAUUAGGCACAUGUGUGAACAUUUGCAUAUACACUGAAAGAUCAGUCUGUGUGUUGUAGCACAUAGAGUGUCGCUGCAUAUGACUGUAUUUUUUAUUUUCGGGCUAUAAGUCAGCACCACAUCAUACAGUAUAUACGGCUGUCGUGUAAAUGUAUAAAUAUGAUUUAAGGGGUUCUUUUUGAGUGGAAGCGUUUACAUCUUUAUGAGCCUUUAUGGGUACGUCUAUUACAACAUAUGACAGGAUAAUGAAACUCAACAAAAACAAUGUUUUUAUAUUUGCCAUUCCUGACAAUUACUGAUUGUUUAAAAUGUUUAAAAUUUCAUGUGUAGAAUUUUUGGGGUGAUGCAUUACAAAAACAAGACUUACAGCAUUUCAGUCGGUGGCUCUGGGUUAUGUAUGUUGUGCAUAGUGUUUUUUGUUUUUUAUAGUUGUCACUUACUUUGAUGUAGAAUGUGCAGUAGUAGCAGUAGUGAUAUAUAGCUGCUACCUUGACCAGGUCUGUAAAAGUAAAUAAAUUUCAAAUCAAUAAAUGUGGGUUAUGAAGUAUAGUAGAACAAAAAACAAGGCUUAAUAUUUGGUUUCGAACCCCACAUCUCACAUUUGGCUGUAUCUGUAUUGUUAGUGUUCAUAUAUGAAAUGUUUUAAUAGCCAAACAAUACCAAAAAUGUAUGUUAUAGUUAUACUGAAGCCAUCUUUCCUUCAGCAGUAUCACAUCUGACUACAGUGUAUUUUAAGAGACCAUUUGAACUAUACCGGAAUAGGUCCGUCUUUAUCUCACAAGUGCAUGUGGAGUGAGUGGG